AUGGAGAUUGUCGCGGUUGUCGCCGCUCCUGCGGGAGAAGACCAAGACGAGAACGACGAAGACGAGGUCGAAGUCGACUGGCUUCUGGCCCCGGCUUCCGCGCUCGUGCCGUCCGUGGCGGCCGUGCCGCGAAAGCGGCCUGCGACGAAGGCGGCGGCGGGCGCCAAGCCGCCCAAGCGGGCGAAGAAGGAGAAGGAAGACAAGAAGAAGUCCAACGAGAUCGUAGACGACGACGCCGAUGACGAUGAUGGCGAUGACAACGAUGACUGGGAGAUCCGGGCUCCUGCCUCCCGUCCUGGCGCCGCCCUUCCAUAG